AUGACGUCACAUCUGGAGCAAUUCAACGACUCCGUGGCAAGGGCGGCCGACGAGGACUUCCUGCUGAUGCCGCGAUGGGGCUACAUAGUGUCCGCCCUCGUGUUGUUCCUGAUUGGAUUCUUCGGUUUCUUUCUAAAUCUCCUGGUCAUCCUGUUGAUGUUUAAAGAUCGACAGCUGUGGACACCAUUGAACAUUAUAUUGUUCAAUUUAGUGUGUUCGGAUUUCUCGGUAUCUGUCCUGGGCAACCCGUUCACACUAAUUUCCGCCUUGUUCCACCGAUGGGUUUUCGGACGUACAAUGUGUGUUCUCUAUGGUUUCUUCAUGGCACUGUUAGGGAUAUCCUCAAUAACGACCUUGACCGUUAUAUCCUUCGAACGGUACCUGAUGGUGACUAGGCCGCUGAGGUCAAGGCAUCUCAGCUCAAGAGGGGCUUGCGGAUUAAUUGUACUCAUUUGGACCUACUCAUUGGCACUGACCACACCACCUUUAAUAGGCUGGGGAAGCUAUGUCAACGAGGCUGCUAAUAUAAGUUGUUCCGUCAAUUGGCACGAGCAAUCGGCGAAUACGCUCACCUACAUACUGUUCCUUUUCGCGAUGGGACAGAUCCUGCCAUUGGCGGUGAUCACCUUCAGCUACGUCAACAUAAUUCGGACUUUGAAACAGAACUCACAACGACUUGGUCGAGUAAGCCGCGCCGAGUCCCGCGCGACUGCCAUGGUCUUCAUAAUGAUCGUAGCUUUCACCAUAGCCUGGACACCAUACUCGCUCUUCGCUUUAUUGGAACAAUUCGCAACGGAAGGAAUAAUAUCGCCGGGCUUAGGUGUGAUCCCAGCACUUAUAGCGAAAAGUUCUAUAUGCUACGAUCCCCUUAUUUACGUUGGUAUGAAUUCGCAGAGACCUGAAAGAAAUACUGUUAUUACUGAAACCAGAAACGACGCUACCAGAAGCGAUAUUAACAACAGAAACUACACGAAGAUUCCGGAACUGUCCACCAUCCAGGAGAAUAAAUCCACGUCAGGUGUAGAGAAGUCCGGGGAAACGGUAUGCGAAGAUGAUCUGAUCAAUGACAAUUGUAAAAUGACGCCUAUAACGGAACCCUGUACACUCACGGAUCACCCCUUAAUCCUAACUAUAGUUGACUCUGACGGGCUUCUGUUAAGCCAAGCAAUAAAACGCAACAACAAUAUCGAUGACUUAUGGAAAAUUUGCGACGUCGAUGAUCUCGAGAUGCAUUCUACGGAUGCGAUAAGGCUAGAAGACACCAUACAGAUCUCAAGGACGUUACCCACUAUGAAGCAUAGCUACUCGUUAGACCUCAGCUACGUUGCACAAGAAAGGAAGAGGCAAAAAAUCAAAGGUAAAUCGAAUAAAGCAGUUUGCCUACCCCCACCUGACUUUCUAGUAGAUAUGAUGGUGGUUACCAAAUUUCUGGCUCCGGAGGCCGAGCGAGAUAGCUUCAAGAAUUGUAUUUGUAUGAAUGAGAAAAAUAAUGCCGAUGACGCUAACCUG